AGGAGGAGGAAGAACCCUAGCUACCCCGCCCCCACCUCGUCGCGUCCCCUCUCCCACUCUCUCGCCGUCGCCGCCUUCUCCCCCUCCCCCUCCCCCUCCGGUCUCCGUCCGCCAGGCAGCCCCCCUCCCUUCCCCCUCCGCGCUCCAGGAUUUCCGGCCGGGAGCAGCAACGGUAGCCGCCGUCCCAAUCGAGCGGGAGAGAGGGGAUCAGGACAUCGGGAGGAGGAGGAAGAGCUAGGUCCUCGAGCGAGGCACCGCAGAGGGAGGAGAGGGGAAGAAGAUGGUUUCGCUGUCGACGUGGUUCCGCUACGCCGCCCACAAGUUCGAGUACUCCAUCUCCCUCUCCUGGAAGAAGUACACCGUCGGGCAGAUCAACAGCACUGAGAUGACUGAUGCUAUCUGGAAGAGCUUCUUCCAGGGCAAGCUCACCUUCCCGCAGUGGAUCAAAGGGGGGGAAGCCAUGGCCCCCGUCGUGGCUCCGACAGGAGGAACUGUCCUCGUCAGAAAGCUCGCCACUUUAUCCCCAAAAGAACUCUUUGUUGGGGACAUCGUCUUGUUGAAGGACCCAGAGAAAUCCGAUGAUUUAAUUGUCCGACGACUGGCUGCAGUGCAAGGAAUAAGUAUAUCCCUCUGUUUCGAAUUAUUAGUGUUCUACUUUUUCUGA